AUGAAGUUGAUAGAAUGCUUGACAUGGGUUUUCAGGAUGAUGUUGAUUAUAUUAUUAAAAAUGUUUAUUGUGGAAAAAGAAAAUGUCAUGAUUGUUUUUUCUGCAACAAUUUCAUAUUGGUUAAAAAAAAGUUUAUCUCGUUAUAUGUCGCAAACAAAUAAAUCAUUUAUUAAUUUAAUUGGAGAUUCUCAACAAAAAACAGCAAUUAAUGUUCAACAUUUAUCAUUUAAAUUAAAUAAUAUUGAUAAAAGAGCAGAAAUUGUUUUAUCUUUAUUUGAAAAAUAUUCAAAUAAUAUAAAUAAAAGUCAAUCAAUUGUUUUUUGUCAAACAAAACAAGAAUGCGAUUUAUUAGCUAAAUCAAAUGAAAUCUAUUCUAUUUCAUCAGAUAAUUUUCCUCAAGGAAAGAUUCGUUUAUUAAUAAUAACAGAUGCAUCAGUAUGUGGUCUUGAUAUUCCACAAUUUAAAGGAUUGGGAAACAUACGUUCAUAG